AUGCAGCGACCAACCGACGCCCUCUCCUCAUCCUAUUACCACCAAUAUUACGAUCACCGGCCCGCCGCCGAUCACCCGCAGCUCCACAACCCCUCCGUGCCGGCUCCUUCUCCUUACCCUCCACACGCCUCCGCCCCUCCGUUCACGGCCUCGCCGUCCGAUUAUUCCAAUUACCCCUCCUUCCCUACAGAUCCCGAUCAUGGCUCUAACCUCGGUCAGUACCCUCCGCCACAGCUCCACGAGCCCCCCCAAAAUCACCGUCAUCCGUACCUUCAAAACCAGGCCCCUGCGAAUUACGAUUACACCUUCCCCACAGACCCUACUUCUAACCCCGGCCGCAACUCGGAGCCCAGUUUCAAUCCUCAGUAUUCUUUGAAUUCGUAUGCGUAUGGAUCUUCAUAUCCUCCAUACAGCGCCAAUUCGUAUGAGAGCAACUUGAAUGACGGAGGAGGAGAUCGAGGGGAGGUCGAUGCGGGGGUCUAUAGGUACAACGGUGGUCAGACGCUGUCUACUUAUGGAGAGAAAGACGGCCGCUCGUCGGGCUCUGGCAGCGGGGGAGGGGUGAUGUUCGAUGAUUACGGGAGGCCGAUCAAUGUUCCUGGAGGAAAGGAUCAGGGUGGAUCUGGAACUUCUCUGCAUAAUAUUGUAAAAGCGGUUCCAAAGGCGGAGGAUGUUGAGGAUGUCAGGAGUGGUAUUCAGAAGUUCCGCGUGAAGCUGUUGUCCGAAGGGUUUGAUCAGAAUGAUAUGGAUGUUCUUUGUCAGAUUGGCCUGGAUGGUAUAUGCAUUCUGGAUCCAGCGACUAGUAGGACAUUAAAGAUAUAUCCUCUUGAAUCAGUGACAAGAUGGGAGGUGUUGGAUUCAUAUAUCUUUGCAUUUUGGGCCAAAACUAGUGUUGAUUUAGAACCAAGGAGGAUUAGGUUGAAAUCAAAUAGUUAUACCACAAACAAUAUUCUGGACUUGGUGACAGCAGCCAGCAUACAGUCCAAGGAAAUUGGUUCAAGCCAUAACUCUCGAGAUUUAGUGAAGGGAACUGAGCAAUCAGCAGAGAAGAAGAAAGGUUUUAUCGAUUGGAAGAAUAUAAUAAAGCCUGCCAAUGAGGAGAAAGAUCAUUGGGUUCCCGAUGAAGCAGUAACUAAGUGCACAGCAUGCAGAGCAGAUUUUAGUGCUUUCAAUAGAAGGCAUCACUGCCGAAAUUGUGGGGAUAUUUUUUGUGACAAGUGCACACAAGGGAGAAUUGCCCUCACCGAAGAGGAGCAUGCUCAGCCAGUUAGAGUUUGUGACCAAUGCAUGGCUGAAGUAACCCAAAGGCUUAGCAAUAAGGUACCACCUGGUAGAGCUGCUGGGUUGCAAAGCCAUGAAGAUCUUGCUAGAAAACUACAGGAAGAGAUGAACAAAAAUCGCAAGACGGGAGCAAAGCCCGAAGCAUCUGGGAUGAGAAUGAGAGAAGUGGCAUGUCCAACUUGCACGGUCCAUUUACAGGUCCAAGUACCAGCAUCGGGUUCUGAAACCAUUGAGUGCAGUGUGUGCCAGCAUCCAUUCCUUGUGAGAGCUCAUUGA